UAUUGUCACAUCACAAACUGUCCCCAUCUCAUCCUCUAUUUUUUAAAGUUGUGAAUGUAAGACAUUUAUUUGUCUUUUGCAGAAGUUCUAAGACGUUACAUUUGGAUAUACCGUACAAUUAAUUUUGUCAAUCUUAUUUCCCGUAAAUGUCCGAACUCAAAUAAAUUGCUGACACUCAGUAAUGGUGAGUGGGAAUGACGAAACGUCUCUCAUAAAAAAAGAGUGAGUGAGCCAAAGAUAAAUCAGUGAGGAAGUGUAACUUGUAAAUGACAAGAGGGAUCAUUUUGUACAUUGUUUAUUUUCUAUUCAAGUGACACUAGCUAUAGAGACUAAGGGAGAUAAUUUAAAUAGAUCUAUUUGGUUUGUGUGUGGGAGACUUACUACACAAGUAACUUUCUGGAGAUUUUGCUGAACAGGCUUUCCAGGGAAAUAGAAAGUUAGAGACCCAGACAGAAAACAAGAGAAUCAUGGAGAUGCAAGAAAUCCCCCGAGAGGAGGAAAGAGUGGUGGAAGUGGACGAGGGUCAGAGAAUGCUGGAAACCUCAGUCAAGGAAGCUGAAUCUACAGUCUACUCCAAACGGAAUAAUCCAUCGGAGGACAUUUAUGCUGAAGCUUCUCCUGCCCAGCCCUCUGCCAGAGACAGAACAGACCUGCAGGUCCUGGGGAACGUGGGUCUGUACCGCGCAGUGUGCUUACUACUGUCCAUCAUCUGUCUGGUUCUACUGCUCGUCAUCAUCAUCCUCUGUGUCAAAUUUCCAUCCCAGCCUCUGGUCUGUCAUGGGACUGAAAAAGGGAUUGAGGCUAAAGAGGAGGGGAGUGUGAAUGAAAAAGAGAUUGAGGCUAAAGAGGAGCGGUUCCAGUCCACUGAGGUGUGCAGCCUGCAGACAUGCCAAGCACAAUACUUCCAGCAACAGAGCCAGGUCCCUGGCUGCCAUACGUGUGAUAAAGGCUGGCUGCACUUUGAGAGCUCCUGCUACUUCCUCUCCAGAGACAGAUUGAACUGGGACGAGAGCAGGGACGAGUGUAAGAAGAGAGGGGCAGAUCUGGCCGUCAUAACAAACAAAACAGUGCAGACCUUUCUGACGGCGAAGGGGAACCUGAUGUACUGGAUUGGUCUGAGACAGAGAACCAGGAACUGGGUUUGGGUCAACAACACUGCACUGGCACAGAGUUACUGGUCAGGAUCCAACAGACAAGGGGAUUGUGGGUUACUGACAGGAAGGGAUCCUCCUGAGAGAAGCUGGAGCUCGUCAUCAUGUGACCAGUACAGCUUCUACAUCUGCCAGAGGGGGCGCUAAAGGACAGACUACACCAUCUGCCAGCAGUCACCAACCCUGGUCCUGGAGCGCUAUAUGAUGUACAGGCUUUUGUUCCAGCCCACCAGUAAGACACAUGAUUUACCUAGUCAAUGAAUCACCUUGAUUAGCUGAAUCAUUUAAGUGUUGUACACCAUGUAGCUCAGCAGGGUUGGUGGCUACUGCCAUAUGCCAACUAAGAAACUGGCAAUACGGCUUCUCUUUAGACUUCCAUCUAUCAUUCACUCCUAUUCCAUAGCCUUUUAUACCAUGAUUACACAUCUCUAUCAAUAGCCUUUUACACCUUGAUUAUAUACUUUUUGACAUACGUCUAUGUUAUAAUUCAUUCAUUAGACAUCCAGGUAUGACCUAGAUUACAGUUAGUUAUGCCUUAAGAAGAAUAAUCAAGUCAGCCUGCCAGUUUCAGUUAGAAUUUGCACUAAUGUUAAAGAUUAACACUAUAUAUUGCACUUAUUUGCUUGUUUUGGUGAGAUGUUUCUAUAUGUUUUUUUAAUGACUUUGAAUGUAAUAAUGAUCUACAUUAUUAUGUGCAUUAACCAAUCAUUAGGUUUUAUGUUCUGAUUUACAAUCCUGAAAGGAAAAAAAGUUUUAUAUAAUUUGUCCCUGUAAUAAAGAAUCAG